AUGGCGCGAAACUCGGAAAAAGCCCAGUCCAUGCUCUUCCGCUUCCGCGAAGCGCAAGCCGCCGACCUAGGCCUCUUCGACGCAGCGCGCACACGACGCCCCAAACUAAUCACCGAAGUCGACUCGAUCCCGGCCUGCGAAAAGUGGCGCGGCCAAGUUCUCAAGGAGAUCUCGCGCAAGGUGACCAAGAUCCAGGACCCGGCGCUCAGUGACUAUCAGAUCCGCGACCUCAACGACGAGAUCAACAAGCUCAUGCGCGAGAAGCACAUGUGGGAGAUACAGAUACGGAACCUGGGUGGGCCGAAUUACAUGCGCGCCGCGGCAAAAGUGUACGACGACCAGGGGAGGGAGAUACCCGGCAGGGGGAAAGGGUACAAGUAUUUUGGAAGGGCGAGGGAUUUACCGGGUGUGAAGGAGCUGUUUGAGGCGGCGAGGGCGAAGAAGGCGGAGGAGAAACCGUUGGAGGCGAGGGCGGAUAUUAGGAGGCAGGUGGAUGCGGCGUAUUAUGGGUGGAGUCCUGAUGAGGAGGACGAUGAGUUGCUGGCGUAUGAGGCUGCGAGGGAGAAGGAGGCUUUUGAGAAUAUGGCGGAUACUGGGAACCCGGAGCCGCCGCCUGGGUGGGAGCCGUUGCCCGGUGAUUCUGGGGAUGGGAAGGAGUGGCAGCUGCCGACGUUGGAAGAGGUGCAAGAGGAGCUGAUCGAUCGGCGGAGACGAAAGCUUCUCGAGCAAUUAUAA